AGUUCCCGGUUACCCGGAGCAGCGCGGAGCAAGAGCACUUUCACUUUGAGCGCGCGCGAGCCGGUUCACACUCAAGCAGGAGGAGUCACAUGACGGCAGCGGAGUCCGAGAGCGCGAGCCCGAGCCCGAGACCGAGUGCGCGAGCAGAGCGCUGCUUCGUUCCGCCUCGCGCCGCCGCCAUUCCGCGCUCUGCGCCCUAACGCGAUUUUUAUUGCGACAUUUUACUCCCGCUCGCAUCUCAGCUACUGAUAGCAUUGUCCUGUGAUGUGCCUCCUUGGUGUGGAGAGGAAGAAAAAAGGCUUUAAGACUACAUUAACAAGAAAGUAAAGUGGAUGGAAAUAGAAAGAUGGACACCCUUGAUCUUUGGGUGAUACAAGAGAGUCAGCAGAAAAGGAUGACUGGUAAGAGUCAGACAAGCAACGUGACCAACAAGAAUGAUCCACGUUCCCUCAACUCCAGAGUCUUUAUCGGCAACCUGAACACAGCCAUCGUCAAGAAGGCAGACAUCGAGGUCAUCUUUGCCAAGUACGGCAAGAUCGUGGGCUGCUCCGUGCACAAGGGAUACGCCUUCGUCCAGUACAUAAGUGAGAGGAACGCCCGGGCUGCCGUCGCUGGAGAGAACGCCCGGAUCAUAGCAGGACAACCGCUGGAUAUCAACAUGGCCGGGGAGCCCAAACCGUACAGGCCCAAAGCUGGCUCUAAGAGACCCCUCUCCGCCGUCUACACUGGAUAUGAAUUUGACUAUGACUACUACCGUGAGGAUUUCUAUAAUCGGCUCUUUGACUAUCACGGACGGGUGGCCCCACCUCCCAGGGCUGUCAUCCCUCUGAAGCGCUCACGUGUGGUGGUGCCCUCAACGCGGAGAGGAAAGACUUCCUUCUCCAUCAAAACCUCCACCUCUUCGUCCUCACGGCCACCUUCAUCCUCCUCCUCUUCCUUUUCCUCUGGCCUCAAGUUGAAGACGGAUCAGCUCCAGACAAUCAAGCGUGAGCUGACUCAGAUCAAGCUGAAGAUCGACUCUCUUCUGGGUCGUCUGGAGAAGAUAGAGAAGCAGCAGAGAGCUGAGGCGGAGGCUCAGAGGAAAUAUGAGGAUAACUGUGACUCACUACACGAGGAGUCCGUGUCGGAGACGGCAGAGAACUCGGCCGAGGAGGCAGGCGAAGGGACGCUAGAUGCAGAAGCUGGAGAGAUGACUGACGGAGGAGAGGAUGACUACGACGAAGAAGGCAGCACUGAUCUGAUAGAGAACCAUGUGUCCGACAUUGACAACUAAAGGCCAUGCCGAGUGGGAAAUCAACGCUGCUUUGUCACUGCAGUGUCAGGGGGGGAAAGGAAGGAUGAAAUGAAACUUUGGAAAAAAGCUUCAAAAAAAAGAGAGGGGGAAAAGAAUUAAAGAGCUGAUAACUCAACCUUUAGAGAGAUAAUGAGAGCAGACGUAUGAUUGGUCCUGAUGAGAGGCGAAGCAGAGCGCACUCACGGACAAAUCUCUCACGGCCAGUCAUUAUCGAUCUCUCAGCAUUUCAUUGGCGUUCAUUUGAUUACCUUGAAAUAUUCAUUUGUUCAGAGGAUGGAGCUUAACAUUGCUUGUAUAGAGUGAAAAUAAAAACGAACUCCUGAGACCUGAUUAUAUGCUUUUUAAAGUGGUUUUACACAUAUACUGUGUUAUGAUUUGUCGUGGCAUUAUACGAUGCAUAAUCAUGGUUCUUCAUGUGUAAUGUUUCAGCUUGAAUAUUUCAGCUUGUUUUAUUUUCAGUAAAUGUCUGACAACUUUUUUUUUGUCUGUGUAAUAAUCCAUGUAAAUAUUUUGGCACUUCUGUAUGUGUGUGUUUGGGGGGGGAGGUGGAACAUAGUGUUAAAGAGUACAAAUGCAGUGCUGUUAGUAAGACUGAAGAAGAUUUAUCGUCGUUCAUCACCUCAUGCAUUUCUUCCUUUCAUUGGAUUUUCCCGUUCUGCAGUAGAGGAAAGCAGAUGCUGCGGUAGCUGCUGUGGCUUCCCUGAGGCAAACACUGCCAUGUGUCUGUUUGCACUCAUACCCAUCUCUCUUUCUUUCUAUCUCUCAUUUCAUCUUUGUCCUUCGCUCAUUCCGUCCUUCCUCCUCUUCGUCAUCAUCCCCGAUCUCAUUCCCGUUCUUUUCUUCACCCUCUCACAGUGCUGGCUGUGUAAUAAGCGCCUCAGGUGUGCUGCCCCCAUUCCGGCUUUCAGCAACUACAAUAAUAUUUACUUUAAUGUUCUACUGUUCACACCCCAUUAAUUCAAUGAUGUCCAAACAUUUGGAUGUUUUUUUUUUUUUUUCCCCGAACCAGUGCUGCACAUGCACUUAAAUGACAAAACCCCGUUCAGUCAGUCCAGAACACUAGCCCAAAGACUUUCAGCACCGUACUGCCAUAUUACUUCUGUAGAUCGGCCACACCUGUCCUGAGAAAUAUCUCCAAAUUAACUCGCUUUUGCGUCAUUUUUAUGGACUAGUAUGGAGUCUUGUGUUUGAUUACAGUACAUAUGUUUGUGUGCCAUCGCAUUGCAGCUUUCCGUCUCUCUUUCUUUGUUUUUUUUCUUUCUUGUGCAUACAUGUCUGUAUGAAAAGAGUCCGUCAGAUAUGUUCAUACACAUGCAUUUCCACUCGCAGCAUGUUUAAUGGAUGAUGAACUGCAGUAUCACCACAUCUCAGUUACUCACCGAUUCAUCCCGGUUACACAGCAUUGAUAGUGGACUCUAUUUUUGUAUGGCAAAUUUUGAUGGUUCUGCUUGUUUUGUUGCAGUUUGUUUUGCUUUGUUUUUUUGUUGUUGUUUUUCUCAAUGUUCUAACUUUUUGUCCUGCAUCUAACUUCUGUAUAAUGUACUUAUGGAAAAAUUAAGAAUGUAAGGGGGGGGGGGAAAUGGUUACAAACUUCAAAAGUAAUUUCUCAUUGUGGGCAAUGUGUGUAUAUUAAGUCUUUUUUUUUUCUUUUUCUUUUUUUUAAUAUAACAUUUCAGAGAAUAUGCUAUUAUAUACAGUCUAUGAUGAAAAUUGGGUGUUGGCCCUAAGGACACGAUCCAUUGAAUAAAAACAUGUAUAGAAAUGUAUACUAUUUGUAAAGCUAUUUUUUAUGAUGAGCAUGUUUAUUAUUUUAAUGUAAUUUCUGUUUCAGUUCAGUUGAUGCAUUUACUGUAUGGCUUUAGACUUCAUUGCAU